GGCAGAAAGCACACAUGAGCCAGGGAGCAUGGGCAGCAGGGUCACCCCAGCGCCAUGCUUCAUAAAGGGCGCCGUUACAAUAGGUUUACUGUUACUCUGACUGCUGGAUACAAUAGGACUGAAUGUACUGGCCUGAUGCUCCUCCAUUUCUCUCCACUUUUCACUUGAUGACAAGGAGGACAGACUGAGACGAGACAGCAUGAGAUCAGAGGACGCCCCUGAAGCAGUAACCUCACGGACCAAUGGGGCUUCUCCUGCUGAGCCUGAUUCUCCGCUACUGGAUCAGCACCGUGGAGGGAUCCUGUUCACCUGGCAGCGCUGUCACCUGUGAUGAGUGUCUGCAGCUCAGCUCUCUCUGUGCCUGGUGCACGCAGGAGAAUUUCACAGACUGGUUUUCAGUCAGCGAAAGAUGUGACACACUGGAUGUGUUACUAGAGAAGGGAUGUGGCCCACAGCAGCUGCAGUUCCCUGUUUCUGAGGGUCAGAUCCUGCAGGACCGGCCCCUCGGGAAGAAGACUAACGGCAACAGCACUCAGAUCUCUCCUCAGAAAAUGGCACUCAAGCUGCGACCUGGCAGUCAGGUGACUUUCCAGGUGAAGAUCCAACACACAGAGGACUAUCCUGUGGACAUCUACUACCUGAUGGACCUGUCAGCAUCCAUGAUCGACGACCUGGGGAUGAUCAAAGACCUGGGCUCCACUCUGUCCACAGAGAUGGCCAAGCUCACCAGUAAAUUCAGGAUGGGCUUCGGCUCUUUUGUGGAGAAACCCAUCCUGCCCUUUAUUCAGAUCACAGAAGAAGAGCUGGCCAACCCCUGCAGCGGUGUCGGUUUAACCUGCUUGCCAACGUUCGGCUACAAACACGUCUUGUCUCUGACGAGCCGCACCGACAAAUUCAACGAGAUCAUCUCAACGCAGACUGUUUCUGCCAAUAUUGAUUUACCAGAGUGCGGCUUUGACGCCGUCAUGCAGGCCGCUGUUUGUGGGGAUAAGAUCGGCUGGAGGAACGACUCGAUGCGUCUGCUGGUGUUUGUCAGUGACGCUGACUCACACUUUGGGAUGGACAGUAAGAUGGCCGGCAUCGUGGUUCCCAACGACGGACAGUGUCACCUGGACGCCAACAACGAGUACUCCAUGUCCACCGAGCAGGAGUAUCCGACCCUCGGCCAGCUGAUCGAGAAGGUCACGGAGAACAACAUCCUUCUGAUAUUUGCUGUGACUGAAGAGCAGAAAGACAAUUAUAAGAACUAUGCAAAUCUCAUACCUGGCGCCACAGUUGGAGUUGUGGCGACAGAUUCGCGGAACAUCCUGGAACUGAUUGUAACGGCAUACAAAGAGCUGCGCUCAGAGAUCGAGCUGGAGGUCCUGGGAGACACGGAGGAGCUCCACAUGUCUUUUACUGCCGUUUGCCCCAACGGGACCGUCCUCCCUGAUAGAAAACGCUGCUCCAACAUCAAACCUGGAGAGACGGUGGUGUUCAACGUGUCCGUGGAGCUCCCAGCGUGUCUGUCUGGAGUCCGCCACUUCUCUCUGAAGCCGGUGGGUCUGCAGGACAGCCUGGAGGUGGAUCUGGAGUCUCUGUGCUGGUGUGACUGCCGGCAGCCUCCUGCAGCCAACGCCAGCCGCUGCGCCGCGGGCCAGGGGGCGUUCCAGUGCGGCGUGUGCGAGUGCCAGCCGGGGUUCCUGGGGGCCGAGUGCGAGUGCAACGAGGAGAUUGCUCUGUUGAGCAACUGCCUGGCCAGCAAUGAGUCCGAGGCGUGCAGCGGGCAGGGCCGGUGCUACUGCGGGCAGUGUGUGUGUCACACAUCCAGCUUCGGACGCAUCUACGGAGCUCACUGCCAGUGUGACGACUACUCGUGUGUUCGCUUCCGCGGGGAGCUGUGUGGAGGCCACGGGCUGUGUGACUGCGGGGAGUGUCUGUGUGAGGCCGGCUGGACGGGCGAGUACUGUAACUGCAGCAGCAGCACGGAGGCGUGCGUGGCGGAGGACGGCGCCCUGUGCAGCGGGCGCGGCAGCUGCGAGUGCGGCCGCUGCGUCUGCUCCGUUCCUGGAGCUUCUGGGGACACGUGUGAGAAGUGUCCAACAUGUGGAGACGCCUGCAGCUCUGCAAGGAUCUGUGUAGAGUGCCACCUGCAAGAUAAGGAAGAUGUGGAGUGGUGUGAUGAAAAGUGCAGCGCCCCUAAAAUUUCCAUCAACACGUCAGCAGAUUAUGACAAGAGCUCUUCUAUGCGAUGCACGCUGAUGACGGAGAACGAGUGCUGGGUCUCUUUCAGCGCGGUGGGAAGCGAGACAGGGAUCACGGCCUACGACCUGCAGAUGUACGGCUGCCCCGAGCCCCCCAACAUCCCCAUGAUCAUCCUGGGCGUGUCCCUCUCCAUCGUCUGCAUCGGCCUCAUCCUGCUGGCCGCCUGGAAGGUGCUGGUGUCCGUCCACGACCGCAAAGAGGUCGCCAAGUUUGAGGCCGAGAGGGCAAAGGUCAAGUGGCAGACGGGGACCAACCCUCUGUUCAAAAGCUCAACGUCUACAUUCAAAAAUGUGACUUAUAAGAACACACAGAGAGAAAAGAUGAUUACACUGGAUCACUACUGAGGAUUAACUGGAGGAACCAACAUCUGACUGCACUUAAGUCUGUGUGUGUGUGUGUGUGUGUGUGUGUGUGUG